AUGAAUUUACAGAAAAUACUGAUAGGCAGAAUCUAUCUUUCCAGUUCAGUUCCACCACCACCUCCACCUCCACCUCCGCCUCCCUCCUCUUAUCGUCGUAUUCCACUAAGAAAUACUGAUGUGAAUAGAGGAAGAAUCUAUCUUUCCAGUUCAGUUCCACCACCACCUCCACCUCCCUCCUCUUAUCGUCGUAUUCCACUAAGAAAUAAUGAUGUGAAUAGAGGCAGAAUCUAUCUUUCCAGUUCAGUUCCACCACCACCACCACCUCCACCUCCACCUCCGCCUCCCUCCUCUUAUCUUCGUAUUCCACUAAGAAAUACUGAUGUAAAUAGAGGCAGAAUCUAUCUUUCCAGUUCAGUUCCACCACCACCUCCACCUCCGCCUCCUUCCUCUUAUCAUCGUAUUCCACUAAAAAAUACUGAUGUGAAUAGAGGCAGAAUCUAUCUUUCCAGUUCAGUUCCACCACCACCUCCACCUCCACCUCCGCCUCCCUCCUCUUAUCUUCGUAUUCCACUAAGAAAUACUGAUGUGAAUAGAUGCAGAAUCUAUCUUUCCAGUUCAGUUCCACCACCACCUCCACCUCCCUCCUCUUAUCGUCGUAUUCCACUAAGAAAUACUGAUGUGAAUAGAGGCAGAAUCUAUUUUUCCAGUUCAGUUCCACCACCACCUCCACCUCCACCUCCGCCUCCGCCUCCCUCCUCUUAUCGUCGUAUUCCCCUAAGAAAUACUGAUGUGAAUAGAGGCAGAAUCUAUCUUUCCAGUUCAGUUCCACCACCACCUCCACCUCCACCUCCGCCUCCCUCCUCUUAUCGUCGUAUUCCACUAAGAAAUACUGAUGUGAAUAGAGGCAGAAUCUAUCUUUACAGUUCAGUUCCACCACCACCUCCACCUCCACCUCCACCUCCGCCUCCCUCCUCUUAUCGUCGUAUUCCACUAAGAAAUACUGAUAUAAAUAGAGGCAGAAUCUAUCUUUCCAGUUCAGUUCCACCACCACCUCCACCUCCGCCUCCCUCCUCUUAUCAUCAUAUUCCACUAAGAAAUACUGAUUUGAAUAGAGGCAGAAUCUAUCUUUCCAGUUCAGUUCCACCACCACCUCCACCUCCGCCUCCCUCCUCUUAUCGUCGUAUUCCACUAAGAAAUACUGAUGUGAAUAGAGGCAGAAUCUAUCUUUCCAGUUCAGUUCCACCACCACCACCACCUCCACCUCCACCUCCGCCUCCCUCCUCUUAUCUUCGUAUUCCACUAAGAAAUACUGAUUUGAAUAGAGCCAGAAUCUAUCUUUCCAGUUCAGUUCCACCAUCACCUCCACCUCAACCUCCGCCUCCGCCUCCCUCCUCUUAUCGUCGUAUUCCACUAAGAAAUACUGAUGUGAAUAGAGGCAGAAUCUAUCUUUCCAGUUCAGUUCCACCACCACCACCACCUCCACCUCCACCUCCGCCUCCCUCCUCUUAUCUUCGUAUUCCACUAAGAAAUACUGAUGUGAAUAGAGGCAGAAUCUAUCUUUCCAGUUCAGUUCCACCACCACACCACCUCCACCUCCGCCUCCCUCCUCUUAUCUCGUAUUCCACUAAAAAUACUGAUGUGAAUAAAGGCAGAAUCUAUCUUUCCAGUUCAGUUCCACCACCACCUCCACCUCUACCUCCGCCUCCCUCCUCUUAUCGUCGUAUUCCACUAAGAAAUACUGAUGUGAAUAGAGGCAGAAUCUAUCUUUCCAGUUCAGUUCCACCACCACCACCACCUCCACCUCCACCUCCGCCUCCCUCCUCUUAUCUUCGUAUUCCACUAAGAAAUACUGAUAUAAUAGAGGCAGAAUAUAUCUUUCCAGUUCAGUUCCACCACCCCACCACCCCACCUCCGCCUCCCUCCUCUUAUCGUAUUCCACUAAGAAAUACUGAUGUGAAUAGAGGCAGAAUCUAUCUUUCCAGUUCAGUUCCACCACCACCACCACCUCCACCUCCACCUCCGCCUCCCUCCUCUUAUCUUCGUAUUCCACUAAGAAAUACUGAUGUGAAUAGAGGCAGAAUCUAUCUUUCCAGUUCAGUUCCACCACCACCACCACCUCCACCUCCACCUCCGCCUCCCUCCUCUUAUCUUCGUAUUCCACUAAGAAAUACUGAUGUGAAUAGAGGCAGAAUCUAUCUUUCCAGUUCAGUUCCACCACCACCACCACCUCCACCUCCACCUCCGCCUCCCUCCUCUUAUCUUCGUAUUCCACUAAGAAAUACUGAUGUGAAUAGAGGCAGAAUCUAUCUUUCCAGUUCAGUUCCACCACCACCACCACCUCCACCUCCGCCUCCCUCCUCUUAUCUUCGUAUUCCACUAAGAAAUACUGAUAUAAAUAGAGGCAGAAUAUAUCUUUCCAGUUCAGUUCCACCACCACCUCCACCUCCGCCUCCCUCCUCUUAUCAUCGUAUUCCACUAAGAAAUACUGAUUUGAAUAGAGGCAGAAUCUAUCUUUCCAGUUCAGUUCCACCAUCACCUCCACCUCAACCUCCGCCUCCGCCUCCCUCCUCUUAUCGUCGUAUUCCACUAAGAAAUACUGAUGUGAAUAGAGGCAGAAUCUAUCUUUCCAGUUCAGUUCCACCACCACCACCACCUCCACCUCCACCUCCGCCUCCCUCCUCUUAUCUUCGUAUUCCACUAAGAAAUACUGAUUUGAAUAGAGGAAGAAUCUAUCUUUCCAGUUCAGUUCCACCACCACCUCCACCUCCGCCUCCCUCCUCUUAUCGUCGUAUUCCACUAAAAAAUACUGAUGUGAAUAGAGGCAGAAUCUAUCUUUCCAGUUCAGUUCCACCACCACCUCCACCUCCACCUCCGCCUCCCUCCUCUUAUCGUCGUAUUCCACUAAGAAAUACUGAUAUAAAUAGAGGCAGAAUCUAUCUUUCCAGUUCAGUUCCACCACCACCUCCACCUCCGCCUCCCUCCUCUUAUCGUCGUAUUCCACUAAGAAAUACUGAUUUGAAUAGAGACAGAAUCUAUCUUUCCAGUUCAGUUCCACCAUCACCUCCACCUCAACCUCCGCCUCCGCCUCCGCCUCCCUCCUCUUAUCGUCGUAUUCCACUAAGAAAUACUGAUGUGAAUAGAGUCAGAAUCUAUUUUCCCGGUUCACCUCCACCCUCACCGCCACCUCCUCCUCCUCCCACUUAUCGUCAUAUUCCACCAAAAAAUAUUGAUUUGUAUACCGGCAAAGCCUUUCCUUCUGGUUCGGUUCCACCCCCGCGUCCACCUCCACCACCUACCUAUAGCUAUUAUCGUCAUAUUCUACCAAAUACUUAUGCGAAGUACUCACUACUAUCCAGUGCCAUCAAAGAACAUGACUCCUGGGGACCUGUCAUGGUUGCAUAUCACCGGGACUAUCCAAAAGCAUUCCAUAGCAGAAUUCAAAAGGAUGGAUCAACAGCUCUUCAUCUUGCCAUUGGGCUAAGAAGGUUUAAUAUAGCGCCGAGAUUAGUGAGAAUAAUGAAGCUGCAUGACUCUUUAGAAAUAAAGACAAAAAACGGUAAUGCUCCAAUCGCAUUAGCUGUGGAAGCCAAUAACCUGGAACUGGUUAAAUACAUGGUGGAAACAAGUCCAACACAGCUUUGA